UUUACAAAUGCAGACUUUUCUUAAGGCAUCACCUUCCAAAUCCCAUUUCUCCAACCUCAUUCUAAUCUCAUCUUCCAUUUGCAUAAUCUAUCUUCUUGUAUCUCUCUUCCUUGUACUCACUCCCAAAUUCACAUACAUAAGUUCGUACUCACUAAACGACAGUUAUGCCCCUACCACAAUCCAACACGUUGUAUUUGGAAUUGCUUCCAGCAAAAACUCGUGGCCUAAACGACAGGAAUACGUUAAACUAUGGUGGAAAGAAGAAGAAAUGAGAGGAUGUGUUUUUCUAGAGGAAAGAAUUUCCGAUCGCAAUAGCACUAUUGAUUCUCGACUUCCUCCCGUUUGCAUUUCCGGAGACAUUUCCCGGUUUCGCUACACUUUCCGGAACGGUCUACGGUCAGCUAUCCGUGUAGCGCGUGUAGUUUCUGAAACGGUGUUGCUCAAUCAUUCGGAUGUUCGGUGGUUUGUUUUCGGAGACGAUGACACCGUUUUUGUUCCGGAGAAUUUGGUGAAAGUCCUUGGCAAGUAUGAUCAUGAAUUGUGGUAUUAUAUAGGGUCAAAUUCGGAAAUCUAUGAGCAGAAUAGGAUUUUUGGAUUUGAAAUGGCGUUUGGUGGAGGGGGAUUUGCUAUUAGUUAUCCACUUGCUAAAGUUCUGGCAAAGGUGUUUGAUUCUUGUAUUCAACGGUAUUCGCAUCUCUAUGGAAGUGAUUCAAGGAUUUCUUCUUGUUUGGCUGAGCUUGGAGUUGGACUGACCCGUGAGCCUGGUUUUCAUCAGAUUGAUGUAAGAGGUGAUCCAUUUGGUUUACUGACUUCACAUCCAUUAUCACUAUUAGUAUCUCUGCAUCACUUUGAUCACUUGGACCCAAUUUUCCCUAACAAGACAAAAAUAAAUUCACUGCAACAUCUCUUCAAAGCAGUAACCGUUGAUUCUCAAAGAGUUUUACAAAAAACUGUUUGCUACGAUGGUUGGUUUUUCUGGACUAUUGCAUUGUCUUGGGGUUAUGCAAUUGAAGUGUACGGUAACCACAUAUCUUUGCCUGAUAUUUUACCUGUGCAAACCACAUUUAAGCAAUGGACAAAUCAAAAAAAUGUUCUUGCUGGAACUUAUACUUUUAAUGUAAGAGAACCUCAUCCUGAUCCUUGUCAAAGGCCGGUGAUUUUCUUUCUUGAUCAUGUUUCUUCUGCUAAAGAUGGGGUGAUUACAAGUCAUUACAAGAAAAGUUACGUUAAUUGCUCAUAUGGCACGACUUCCCCAAGAAAACUUGAUGAGAUCAAAGUCUUUUCACACAAGCUUGACCUUAGUGGUAAACAGUUGCAAGCUCCAAGAAGGCAAUGUUGUGAUGUUUUACCUCCUUCAGCUGACAAAGUAAUGGAAAUUGCAGUUAGAGAAUGUGAUGAAGAAGAAUUAAUUCACAUGCACGUAUAGUCUAUUAUUCUCAUUUUGACCACAACUACGAGAAGUGGAUUAACAGCAAAAUCCUGGCAAUAUGAAGCCUAAGUAUGGUUACAGAGAGAAUUAAUCCUUAGAAUGCAAGCAAAGCGAAUUGGAUUCAGCUUUGGAGAGAUUUCAGGAAGAAUAACAUGGUCCUGCUUAAUUUCACAUGAGCUAAAUUUCUUAAAGAAGUUUCAAAGGUACCUUCAGGAUAGGCUUUAUGCAUACCUAGCAUUGCGUAAUAUUAAUUAUCGCAUGUGAGCAAAUUUGUGAUUCACUCAAAGUAGAUACAGCCUAUUCUUAAUUGCCAGUGCAGAAUAUAGACCAAGAUCAAAGAAAUUAGAUAAAUAUAUUAUAUAUAAAAUACUCCCAUUUUAUGGUACAGAGGGGCUAUUCAAGAUUUUCAUCAGUUUUUUCACUCUUCAUAUGUAAUUCUUUUAUGAAA